UCUGUCCAAUGGGAGGGCGAGAUGUAAAUGCGCUGGCGCCGACGAGAAGCUCUUCGAGGAAGCUACGAGCUCGUCGAGGACGACGACGACGUUCAUCGUCGCGAUCCCGCGCUUUCGAACCCACUCCGCACUUACGCUCACCUGGACUUAAUUAUUGGGGCUGCAAAACGUAACAACUAAAUAUUAAUCCAAAGGCAACCCCAAUAAUUCAAAGAUGUCCGGAUUCGCGGCAGCGGGUCUCGGAGCCCUCGCGACUAUUAAAUCUAGGGUUGAUGGAAAGCUUGCUGAAAUGCGUAUCGAGAGAAGAAACCAGCGAGGAUAUGAGGAAUUUGCGAUGCCGAACAAUGAGAGCGCUAAGGAUAACAUGGGAUUCGAGCAAGACCGUGAUUUGCAGCCCCGUGGGUCCCUCGACUCGCUGCCAGAACCUGAAAGACCGCCGUUACGUCACAUUGACACAUAUUGUAUGCCCGAGUGUCCUUGUUUAUCCAAGAGGUACACGAUCGCCACCCUCGCAUGCUUAGGUUUUGUUAUUUCUUUCGGAAUGAGGUGUAACAUGAGUAUGGCUAAAUUGAUAAUGAAGAACGACACAAACAGCGACGGACAGCCCAAGUUUAAUUGGACUGUGGGUACCGAGGGCUUGCUGGAUUCCUCAUUUUUCUGGGGAUAUCUUGUCACCCAGGUGCCUGGAGGAUUUUUGGCCUCACUCUAUCCUGCCAACAGAAUUUUUGGAAUGGCUAUUGCUGCCUCUUCAUUCCUUAAUCUUCUUGUACCUGGUGCUUUGUCCGUUCAUGCUGCUGUUGAUAUGUGUGUUCAAGUUCUUAAAGGACUUGUUGAAGGAGUAACUUAUCCGGCUUGUCACGGUAUCUGGAAAUACUGGGCACCGCCAUUAGAACGAUCAAGACUGGCAACUCUCGCUUUUUGCGGUUCAUACGCGGCAGUUGUUAUUGGAAUGCCACUUUCUGCUUUACUUAGCAGUUCGUUUGGUUGGCAAGCAUCUUUUUAUUUCUACGGUGUUUGUGGAUUAAUAUGGUACUGCUUUUGGCUUUGGUUAUCAUUUGAGCGGCCAUCGAAACAUCCUUGCAUUUCCGCCCGAGAAUUGCAUUACAUAGAAGAUUCUUUGGGAAAAGGACUGAACACUCAACCGAUUCCCACAUUUUCCUCAACCCCAUGGAAGAAAUUUUUCACCUCCAUGCCGGUUUACGCUAUAAUAGUAGCAAACUUCUGUCGAUCGUGGAAUUUCUACUUGCUGGUGCUGUUCCAGGCGCGGUUUAUGCAUGAAUCAUUUGAUAUGCCCUUAGUUGAGACCGGAGUGGUUGGCUCGCUGCCUCAUUUAUUAAUGACGAUAAUAGUACCAUGCGGUGGAUUGCUGGCGGAUCAUUUGCGUAAGACGGGAAUAAUGACUACGACCAAUGUAAGAAAGUUGUUCAACUGCGGAGGGUUCGGGAUGGAAGCGCUCUUUUUCUUAGUGGUUGCAAACGCGACCACUCACAACAACGGAGCUGGUGCUACGAUCGCCCUGGCGAUCGGGGUGGCCUGCAGCGGGUUCGCUAUUUCUGGUUUCAAUGUCAAUCACCUUGACAUCGCUCCACGGUAUGCUAGUAUUUUGAUGGGGAUGUCGAAUGGUAUUGGAACUAUCGCUGGAUUGCUUGUUCCUUUCUUCGUCGAUACUAUUACUAAAAAUAAGGACAGAGAAAGUUGGAGGAACGUCUUUAUAAUGGCAGCAUGCGUCCACUUUUUCGGCGUAACAUUCUACGGAAUUUUCUGUUCCGGAGAAUUGCAACCCUGGGCUGAUCCCGCAUUGGAGGAGCAAGGGAGUUGGAACCCACUGGACGAUCUCGGUCAAAACAAGCCACCAGUCCCACCACCACCCAAAGUUAUGCAAUCCGAGUUCAUUAAGCAACCAUCAAUAGACGUAAAUGCAGGGUGGAACGACGGCGGACAAACAGAAGCCAGCUCGUAUAGCAGCCAACCAGUAAUUAACUACGGAUCAACGACAAACAAUACGAAUCCCUUUCAUUCGUCAAAUCCUUUCGCAAGCGAUGUUCAUGAAACUCAAGUCCAGCCGCCUACGAUCGACGAUCACUCUCAUGAUGUUACCCAGCAGCAUCAGCAGUGGGAAUAAAUUACAAGUAUUUUUAGUCCUUUUUUGUUAAAUUAUUCAUCAGGUAGGUUUUUUAUUUUUAUUUUUAAUUUUAUUUCUUCUUAAGAAGAUAAUUAAUUUUAAUUAAGUCGAAAAAUUUUGAGACUUUAAUUUUAAAAAUCAAAGAAGAAAACAAUGAAAGUAUAAAAUAAUUUAAAAGAAUAAUAUAUAUAUUUACUUCCUCUGAAAAAAAAAAAAUACCUAAGAGGACAGAUAAUAGUGCUAAAAGCCAACGAAGAAAGUAUUUA